UAUAAAUGUCAAGCAACAGUAGCUGCCAUAGACGGAGAGAAGGAUUGGACAUAUCUUGGUUGCUCAAAAUGUUAUAAAGCCGUCAGCACAUGUGGUCAAAACUAUUGGUGUGAAAAGGACCAGCUAUUAUCGCCAUUGGAAGCAAAGCAAUGCUACCGCAUUCGAAUGAUUGUUCAACAAGGUGGUGACGAAGCUAUCUUCCUCCUCAUAGGAAAAACAGCAGAAGAUUACAUACACCAUCCUGCUUCUGAAUUGUUGAAAACAUUCACAAAUGCAGAUGGAAAUUUGCCAACCGUAGUUGAAGCAUUCUGCGGGCAAACGUUAAACUUUGCCAUUCGGCUGCCUAAACAGAGG